AUGCCUGAGAUGCAAGUCUUCUACCAGCCGCGCCACACCAUCCGUUACCCUCCAGAACUCCACUUGGACCCUACCUUGAUCCAGCGGCAUGUCCUGGAGGAUCAGGUGGAGAUGUUGUGGUUCAGGGAGCCACGUCACUCCCUACUGUGUUACUGUGCCUCAGUGGCCCUCAUACUAGGGCUGGGACUUGGCGGUGUGGGCCUCCUCUCCACCACCACCAGCCUGUCCGGGGAGUGGCGCCUCGGGGUGGGCACCACUCUUUGCCUCUUGGCCCUGGCUGUUCUGCUCAAGCAGCUCCUCAGCUCGGCCAUCCAGGACAUGAACUGUGUGCACAGCCGGCGUCGGAUUGACCAGCUGAAGAGCGGUGGGCAAGCUGACCCAGCAUUGAUCCUAGCUGUGGGGCUGGCAGUGAUGCUCUGUGGGACAGUGCUGCUCUGUGUGGCCAUGAUUGGCAGCCAGGGUCAUGACAGCAGGGAAAUGAUAGUGUCUGGUCUGGUGCUGAUGGCUGCUGGGCUAGGAAUGACUCUAGCAGUAGUGGGCUAUAAUGUGCUGGUCUACCUGAAGAGGAAAAGAGAGCAGAGGAGGAGGAGGAUGAUGAGAGUAAGCAGAGCGAGGAGGCUGGGGAGUCAAGCUGUCAGAGUGUUCAGUGUCUCAGGAGGACAGAUGAGCCAGACCAGGAGAGAGACGUCCUCCAGCAGGACCAGCCUCAUCUGA